AUGAGCCAGCAAUCCCAACAGGGGCUGCAGGGCUCCUUCCACCGCGGAUUUGGCGGUAGCGCCGUAAUGGAUUCGCCCAUCUAUUCAGCCUCAUACUCGGGCGUCGACGUAUACGAAAUGGAGGUCAAUGGCAUCGCUGUCAUGCGCAGGAGAAACGACUCAUGGCUCAAUGCGACGCAGAUUCUGAAAGUCGCCGGUGUAGAUAAGGGCAAGCGCACAAAGAUCCUCGAAAAGGAGAUCCAGACGGGCGAGCACGAAAAAGUUCAGGGCGGCUACGGCAAAUACCAGGGCACUUGGAUCAAAUUUGAUCGAGGAGUCGAAGUUUGCCGCCAGUAUGGAGUCGAGGAGCUAUUACGGCCGCUUUUGACCUACGAUAUGGGGCAGGACGGUGGUGUGGCCGGUCGAGGCGACCUCAACACGCCGACCAAAGAGCAGGCCAUGGCUGCUCAACGCAAGCGACUUUACAAUUCGAACGCUGAUGGCCGAGCCAGUGGACUCUCGGGCACUUUCUUCAAGAGCAUUUCUACCACCGCGUCUCACGCAGUUGCUGCCAUCAGCAAGGCCAGAUUCGACUCUCCCGGCCCCAGGAGCCGGAAUGGGCCUACGAGAGCUCCAAGCUUCAACCGUCAAGCAUCGGGGCACGAUGAUUUCCCCGGCAAUUCGCAGCAGAGCUACGCUUCUGAUUACGGUCAGCAACCAGACUUGAGUUUUUCGGCACAGCAACAACCCUCAUCUCAAGGCGCCCUUACCGAGCCAGAACCGCCUCGAAAGCGCCAACGUACAGCCAUGACACCUAGUGAAAGUUUUGGUGGUAUUGCUAGUUACGGGCCGACUCUCGACAUGUACGCCAACGCAAGUGCAUUCCCCGGGUCUCCCACCGAGCCCAACGAAUCAUUCGUAUAUAACGGUAUCAACCAGAGUCCCAACGAGGAUCUUGGCGGUCCUCUCGCUCCCUUGCCCAUGGACCACACGCCCGAAACCACACACAAGCGCAGCCUUCUUAUGGACUUGUUCAUGGACGACGGUGCGCCAGAUAUCACUCGAUAUGAGGUUCUCCAAACUUUUACCCCCCAGGAACUCGAUAUGCCAAUCGAUGCGCAUUGCCACACAGCCUUGCAUUGGGCUGCCACCUUGUCCCGCAUGCCCCUUUUACGCGCCCUCAUCUCAUGCGGAGCUUCUGCAUAUCGAGUGAAUACCUCGGGCGAGACAGCGCUAAUGCGGGCCUGCCUAGUCACUAAUUCCAUGGAUCAUGGGUCCUUCCCCGACCUGCUCGAGGUUUUAGGUGGUACCGUAGAGUCCCGCGAUCACAAGGGACGCACAGUUCUUCACCACAUUGCUGUAACCAGCGCAGUCAAGGGGCGCAGUUCGGCAAGCAGGUACUACCUGGAAAGUCUGCUCGAGUGGGUUGUGCGCCAAGGAAGUGUGCCGAACAGCCAAGCCAACGGCAACGUCCCCUCAAGCUCGCAAACAGCCACCCCCAAGAUGGGCAUCGCGCGGUUCAUGAGCGAAAUAGUUAACGCCCAGGAUAGCGCUGGCGACACCGCUCUGAACAUCUCAGCGAGGAUAGGCAAUCGCAGCAUAGUGUCGCAACUGCUCGAAGUGGGCGCAGAUCCCGAGAUUGCCAACCGAGCUGGCCUGCGACCGCUUGACUUCGGCAUCGGUGGCGAGAACCCAGAGGAGAAGACAGUAGUGGAGCAGUCUGAUACGAACGGCGCAGUCGGUUCCAGUCAGCGAAAUAAGGAGAGCAGCGAUGAGAUCAUCACUUCCAUUACCCACCUGUUGACAGAGACAAGCACCUCAUUCCAGCAGGAAAUCAAAGCUAAACAACAAUCUGUGGAUUCCAUUCACUCAACACUGCGAACGACUUCGACACAGUUAGGUGAGGCCAGAAAGACUGUCGAGCAGCUCUCUGCCACCCUGAAAAAGCAGCAGGUUGCCCGCCAGAUCAUCACCAACUUGGCCAGUACUCGCCAGGAUGACAAGAUUCGCCUCAUGCAAGAACAAGCUGGAUCCAACCCCCUCGGAUCAUGGGAAACAGAACUCUCCACCGUUCUGGAAUCUCCGGCCGAGGCCUCUAUAGGGUUCCUCCCAUCUUCCAUUGUCCUGCGCACUCGCAUCAAGGCUCUAGAGAGUCGCGCUGACGCCACGAGGAAAAUGGUUCAAAAGCUGAAAGGGCGAAGUCGAGACAUUGAGUUCAAGUAUCGACGAGUCAUCUCAGUUUGUACAGGCGUGGCCGAAGACGAGGUUGACGCCGCAGUGGACGGCCUGCUGAAGGCUGCUGAGAGCGAGAGCGACGAGCUGGACCCGACCAGAGUAAGACGCUUCCUCGGUGGCGUCGAGGGCGUCGUGCAUUAG